AUGACCCGCCCCUCUAGUGCGAGCUUCGCCCAGUUCUUCCCUGCUGCUCCCAGGGCUGCUAGGGACAGGGCCAUGGAGCGCGAGAGGGAGAGGGCAAGGAGGGACACACAGGACUUGUCAUCCUCAGCAGCAACAACCACACACACAGACAAGCCCGCGCUCAACGGCCUAUCUGGGCACGGCGCGACCGACGAUCAUCACACUGUCGCGACAUCUUCCUUCCGGGAUACCUCAAUAUCUGACCCAGCGCGAACUCCCGCUGAUGAUAUCGACUCCUUCCGUGCGGACCAGCCAGCCACUGUCGGCUCUGAGAGUUCACAUGCCAGCCUCGCGUCCUCUGCGACCAAUGCUUCCUCGAUGCGCAACAGCGCUGCUGUGUCCAAGAACAACAUCUCAUCGUCAUACUCGCUGGUCACCCCGCUCACGACCAUCGACUCGCCUUCCCCCUCCGCCGGCUCUCAUCCACCAAGGCUGGAUACAUCCAAUUCCUUAUAUUCUGAAAAGAUCAGCGCGUCCAUGCCCAAGCCUGGUGGCUCCCUUGACAAUGUCGCUGCCGUGAACACAUCCACUAUCUCACACCGCAUACCGGCUCGAGACCCCUCACUCCGUGUCCAAGUGAUCAAGGCCAUACAUGAUCCAUCCAUCGACCGAUCAUCGCGAGAUAAGAAGAAACCGAAAUACAAGGAAUAUGGAAUGGAAGAUGACGCUCCCCCACCAGCCGACCCUCGACUGGCUAAAGGUGGUCGCCUCGACUACAUCAACGUCGAUUAUCACCUGCCCAAGUCUCGCUUGCGCCAAUCGCCGUAUAACGUGAAGCCUUAUGCAUGGGACCCAAAGACGUCUGUCGGUCCUGGACCCCCAACCCAGGUCGUCGUGACCGGCUUCAAUCCUCUGAUCACCUUUGCCAAAGUCGCAACCAUAUUUAAUUCCUUUGGUGAGGUCGCCGAGAGUAGCAACAAGAUGCAUCCGGAGACGGGGAGCUUCCUGGGGUUCGCUACCUUCCGCUACAAGGAUUCGAAGCCCAGCCGGUCAAGGCCGCUUCCAGUCCUGGCAAUCGAUGCUGCUAAGCGCGCUGUACGCAACAUGAACGGCAGGUCCAUCGAGUCCCAUCGAGUCCGCGUGGAGUUCGAUCCAGAUGGCAAGAAAAGCCGUCGCAUGCUGGAGGAUGCCCUAAAGACCGAGCGUGAGAAAUCACAGCCCUUGAUCGCCAAGCCGAUUCCCACCGCACCGCGACCGAAAGAAUUUCCUCCAAGAGCACCUCCAACUGCACCUCGAGGCCCUGCUGCCUUCCGACAGCCCGCGAUUGCAGAGGGCCGUCCGCUGUCCGUGGCCGCGCGGAUCUCCAGUUUGAUUGAGCAGAUCCCCGUCUCGACCAGCCUGAAGAAGGAGCCAUACAUAUUUGUCGCACACGAACACGUCCCAGUCAUGCCCACGACGAUCGCGCAUAUGAAGAAGCGGCUGAAGAACUUUCGUUGGGAAGACGUCCGUGCUGACCGCACUGGAUACUAUAUCAUCUUCCGAGACUCGACUCUGGGGCGCUCCGAGGCGGAGAAGUGCUAUUCUUCUGCGCACGCGACCGCAUUCUUCACGUACACUCUCAGGAUGGAGCUCCAUUUGUUCGGCAGCGAAGGCAAACCCCCGCUCUCCUCGACCUCCGUGACCUAUCGAAGACGUAGCCACAGCCCCCCGCGGCGACCGGCACAAGUUGAACCUCCCCCGAAGCGCGACGAUAAGGAGCGCACCAGGAGAGAGGACCAGAGGGAUCUCGAGGAAGAAAAACGUGAGCGUGCGAACAAUUUCGACCCGGUCAGGGAGGCUGCUGAGGUAGUGCGCCGGGAGAUGAUCGAACACCUGAUCAAACACAUACGCCAGAAGGUUGCUGCGCCGAGUCUGUUGACGUACCUCGAACCUUCGAACCAUGCCGAGAUGCGUAUCAAGCUCAAUAUCCAAGAUCCGCUCGCGGUCAAGACCCCUAGCUUUCUCUUUGACGACAGCGACAAGUCUCCUGCGAGCACUCCCAACUCACGAGCCGAUCCGAUCGAGCGCCGUACCAAACAUCUCGACGUUACGGCGCUGCCCCGUAUUCGCAAGGUCAAGAAGGGCACAAUCCCUCGCAGGUCCGGUUUUGCCGAUCCUUUUGCUCGAGAGCGACCAACAUCCCACCGAGCAGCCUUCCGAUCGCUUCAUCACCGCCUGCAGCAUGCCGACAGCGAUGCCGAUUCCGACGAUGAAGUCGAGCACAGGGACUCUCUUGCGAGAGAUACCGAGGAACCUGAAUCUCGCUCUCGUAGCCGAAUGAGCCCCGACGAAGACUUCAAAGACGACUGGGGUCCGCCGGAGGACGACUCCUUGACGGAAGCCAGCUUUGCUCAGGAUGGUAUCGUGCCUCACGUGAAGAAGAGGAAGCUUGACCUGCAGAUAGAAACAGCAAUCAAGCGCCAGAAGAAGAGCGACGAGGAGCUGUUCGGGGUGACCAUCGACCGCAUCGAGACCGGGUACCCUCUUCGCGAUGCUUCCGUUGACGUGCUCAUGCCCGACGCCACUGAAGACAACGAGGAUGGAGAUUCUCAGCUGCCCACACCUGCCCUGGGUGCGAAGGGCGUCAAGAAAGGCGCGACGAAGUCAAAGAAGAAAUCCAAGAAACAGCUGUUUGAGGAGCGCGAAGCACUCAAGAAGCAACAGCAGGACAUUUUUGAGCACGAAGCCGAGGAGAAGUCCGAACCGCUCAAGCAACCCACGCCGCCUCCUGAGUCGAAACCAGAGCCAGAGGUGGUGGAGCCAAGCAAGCCUCUACCGGACCGCAACUUGUUCCCACAUUUUGUUACCAAAGCACUCAUUCUCCCACCCAAGUUCAAGGUCGAUCCAGAGUCUAUGCAGACCCUCGACCUUGGCGAGAAAGACAAGCCCAACAUCGCAAAGCUCAAGAAGAAGUUUGGCGUGGAGGACAUUGGCGAUCCUCAAACUUGGCUCUGGAGACGGAAUCGUAUCAAGGAACUCAAUUCUUGGGAUGGCUCGGGCGACAUCGUGGGUAUUCAAGGCUACUAUGUGCCCAAUUCUACCGGGUGUGCAAGGACAGAAGGCAUUAAGAAGAUUCUCAACUCCGAGAAGUCCAAGUAUCUCCCGCACCACAUCAAGGUACAGAAGGCUCGCGAAGAGCGCGAAAAGGCUGGCAAGGGUGGCAAAGUCAAGUCCAUGGCCGAGGUCAACAUUACAAGGGUUGCGCCCGAUCAUGUGUCCUCGCAGAGCAACGCCCGCGACACGCGUGCCAAGCAGCGUGACCACAAUUCUUCUCUUGAGAAGACGCAGAAGGUCUUUGGUCAGGCAUCUGAUGUCUUACGCUUCAAUCAGCUCAAGAAACGCAAGAAGCCUGUUAAGUUUGACCGGUCAGCAAUCCACAACUGGGGUCUCUACGCGAUGGAGAACAUUGCCAAGGACGACAUGAUCAUCGAGUAUGUCGGCGAGCGGGUACGCCAGAGGAUCGCAGAUCUCCGUGAAAUCAACUACACCAAGAGCGGGAUAGGGAGCAGUUACUUGUUCCGUAUCGAUGAUGAUGCAGUCGUUGACGCGACCAAGAAAGGAGGUAUCGCUCGUUUCAUCAAUCAUAGCUGUGCGCCAAACUGCAAGGCCAGCAUCAUUCGCGUGGAAGGAACUAAGCGAAUUGUCAUCUAUGCCGAGAGGGCUAUAGCGCAGAAUGAGGAAUUGACAUACGACUACAAGUUCGACCGCGAGAUGCGCUCCGAAGACCGCAUUCCCUGCCUCUGUGGCACACCCGAGUGCAAGGGUUUCCUCAACUAA